GCCUUAGCUGGUCAUGCAAUGCUGAGCAGUAAGGAAGACUUGGGGUCAGCUUGUCUGGCUACAGGGCAAGAAUUGUGGGCAUCAUGGGGGUGUGUGUGAGUGGGGCUCCAGGGUGAGACCUAGCCCCCGCCCCCAGGAGUUCAAGGGGGUGGGGGUGGGGCUGAGGAUAGGAUGGCUCGGGGUGGGCUGGGGGCAGAAGAGGCCUCCCUCCGCUCAAACGCAUUGUCCUGGCUGGCUUGUGGGCUCCUGGCCCUGCUGGCCAAUGCCUGGAUCAUCCUUAGCAUUUCAGCCAAACAGCAGAAGCACAAGCCACUGGAGUUGCUGCUCUGCUUCCUGGCGGGUACACAUAUACUCAUGGCGGCCGUGCCCCUGACCACGUUUGCUGUGGUGCAGCUAAGGCGCCAGGCUUCCUCUGACUAUGACUGGAACGAGAGCAUCUGCAAGGUCUUCGUGUCCACCUACUACACGCUGGCCCUGGCCACCUGCUUCACAGUUGCCUCGCUGUCCUACCAUCGCAUGUGGAUGGUGCGCUGGCCCGUCAACUACCGCCUCAGCAACGCCAAGAAGCAGGCACUGCAUGCGGUCAUGGGCAUCUGGAUGGUCAGCUUCAUCCUUUCCACGCUGCCCUCCAUAGGCUGGCAUAACAACGGCGAGCGCUACUACGCCCGAGGCUGCCAGUUCAUAGUCUCCAAGAUUGGCCUCGGCUUCGGCGUUUGCUUCAGCCUCUUGCUUCUUGGGGGCAUUGUCAUGGGGUUGGUCUGUGUGGCUAUCACUUUCUAUCAGACACUGUGGGCCCGGCCCCGGAGGGCUCGGCAGGCCCGGAAAGCUGGGGGCAGUGUGGGAGCCAAAGUGGGUGGGCUGGGGGGCUUGGGUACCCGGCCAGCUUUUGAGGUGCCGGCCAUUGUGGUGGAGGACACUCGAGGGAAGCGGCGGUCCUCAUUGGAUGGCUCUGAAUCUGCCAAGACAUCUUUGCAGGUCACCAACUUGGUCAGCGCCAUCGUCUUUCUCUACGACUCACUCACAGGGGUGCCCAUCUUGGUGGUGAGCUUCUUCUCCUUGAAGUCCGACUCCGCCCCGCCGUGGAUGGUGCUGGCUGUGCUGUGGUGCUCCAUGGCACAGACGCUGCUCCUGCCCUCCUUCAUCUGGUCCUGUGAGCGCUACCGUGCAGACGUGCGCACAGUGUGGGAGCAGUGUGUGGCUAUCAUGUCCGAGGAUGACGGCGAUGACGAUGGGGCCUGCGAUGACUACACAGAUGGCCGUGUGUGCAAAAUCCGUUUUGAUGCUAAUGGAGCCACAGGGUCCGGGGGUCGGGACCCCACCCAGGUGAAGCUGCUGCCCGGACGGCAUAUGCUGUUUCCGCCUCUUGAGAGAGUACACUAUUUACAGGUCCCUUUGUCCCGCCGACUGUCCCAUGAUGAGACCAACAUCUUUUCUACUCCUCGGGCACCAGGCUCCUUCCUGCACAAAUGGUCAUCAUCCGAUGAUAUCCGGAUCCUCCCGGCGCAGAGCCGAGCCCUUGGGGGCCCUCCUGAAUACCUGGGACAGAGACACAGGCUGGAGGGCGAAGAGGAGGAGGAGGAGGCUGAAGGCGGGGGCUUAGCCAGCCUUCGCCAGUUUCUAGAAAGUGGGGUUCUGGGGUCAGGUGGGGGACCCCCAAGAGGUCCAGGUUUCUUCCGGGAGGAGAUCACCACCUUCAUCGAUGAAACACCUUUACCUUCUCCAACUGCGUCACCAGGACCCUCUCCUCGUAGGCCCAGGCCACUGAGUUUUUCACCAAGACGCCUCUCCCUUGGGUCUCCUGAUAGCCGAGCUGUUGGACUUCCUCUGGGGCUAAGUGCAGGGAGACGCUGUUCUCUGACAGGCAGCGAGGGAAGCUCAAGGGCUUGGGGAAGACCCUGGGGCCCAGGCAACCCCAUCUUUCCCCAGCUGACCCUGUGAGGCCACGUGGGCCUGCUUAACUCAGAGGAGGGGGUGUGGGUGCGCACUCCUCGUUCUGGGCCCCGAGCCU